UGACGCCAGGAGCCGUCGAGAUGGCGGCUGAGCCGGGCAGUGCGGGUCCGUCUAGCCCAGCUCCCCCGGAGAAAGAAGUGACUUCGCUGGUGAAACCGGAGGAGCCUGGCUCUAGCCGGGACUCCGCAGAAUCUAUGGCCUCACUUCCUGGCCCUGCAGCCCCCGCCGCCUCUCCCCCGUCCCCGAUCCAGUUUCCUGCCGCCCUCGAGGCCUCGCCCCCAGCUCCCGGCGCUCUGGGGUCCCGGCCCUGUCCGGAGACGUUCCGCCAGCGCUUCCGGCAGUUCCGCUACCACGAGGCGGCGGGGCCGCGAGAGGCCUUUCGCCAACUCCGCGAACUCUCCCGCCAGUGGCUGCGGCCCGAGGUCCGUACCAAGGAGCAGAUCGUGGAGAUGCUGGUGCAGGAGCAGCUCAUGGCCAUCCUGCCCGAGGAGGCCCGGGCCCGUCGGCGAGGACGCCGUGGCGAUGUCCGCAUUACGGGUUGAGCGAGGGAGCCGAGGCCCCGCCGGCUUGCGAGCUUGGAGUGGCCUCGGCCCGCCGAUCCCGCCGAGAGGAGGAGGAAGAGGAGAAGGCGGUGAUGGUGUCCCCGGGGCCGCCUUGGGUCUCCUUGUACCGACCUGCGUCCUUGAAGCAUUUCCCCUCAUCCAGGGGGCCGCCGAGCUCUCGUUGUCUUGUCUGUCCGCACCGGCCAUCGUAUUAAUGAAACCUGAUGUUGGCAGUCGUGACCUGUUGUGACUCCUUGCUUCGCCUCUUGGUUUUCUACCCUGGGUAGCCUCCAUACCCUUUUCUAACUGGGGGGAGGGUGUCCAAGGUGGAGACCACCGUGUACUCCAUUCUUGAGCGGGUCAUUGUAAUUAACUGCUCGGUUCCUGUCUUGUGAAAGUAGUUAUCUAUUGCUAUGCUGAAGCACCUAGUGUACAGAGACCUGAUCAGUGUCCUAUGUCUGUUAGUGUUGUUUUUUUUCCGUGAAAGGUCAGAGGACCUGCAAAGGACCAUUACAGAUUCUGUCUAGCUCCCUUAUUUCAUAGUUAAAAGCUUUUUGUUGUAACAAAUUGUUGUGGAGGACCCUUUCAUGUUAUUUUCAGUAGUGCCUUUUACAUGCAUCAUAUCUUUUUAUGUAACCAGGCUCGGGGAGAGUUGGCAUAAGGUACACAAUUGGUAUUAGAAUCGGGGCUUUUGUGCAGUUUGAGAAUGUUUUUGUAUUGACUGUGUGGUAAUUUCCAAAUCCAUUAAGUUGUUUAGCAAGAAAUUUUUGCCGAAAUGAGUUUGAUAACUGAAGCGGUUGUUGGUACUACUUACUGAGCCAAAUGUUGUGGAUUUUCUGUUCAUUACAACUCCCUAUUAGCAAGUGUCAAAACCACUUUUUAGUUCUGUCCUUCACAUUGCCAACAAUCUUCAGUACAAUCAACAACAAAUGUGCAUGUACUUAUGCCCCAGACCAACGUACCUAGAGUAGAAUUCCUAGGGAGUUGUGUCCCAGAGCUGGUGGAUCCCCUGUCCCACUCCCUAGGAUUGGCAACUUUAGUGAACUUUUUAUGACAUUUAUUUCAGUGACAGGGAUCAGUAGUGGGCCCUCCUGAGGCUGUUUGUUGUGUCUAGCUGGUGCCUUUUUUUUCCUAGUUAUUCUGUAAUGUCUGAAUCAUUCACACACAACUAGUUUAGAGCUAAUAGCUAUUUUUUUGUUUUAGUUUUGAGAAAGAGGCUAUAAUGUUUGGCAAAUGUCACAGCUGAAAAUAUCUGGAUCUGGUGAAUGUAACCAUAGCCAGUUUGGUGCUUCUGCAGACAUUGUAUUUCCUCAUCAGGUGGUCCUGGCAUUUUAACCCUUUUAAAAAAGCAUUAAAUUAUUAAUUACAAAAG